UUAACGGUACCGUCAGAAGCAGUCGCCAACGACGGCGUUGACAAUGUGGAAGGCAAUUUGAUUAUUUUUGAAAACGAUACAAUAUCUGUACCACACCAAAACAUUCAUGUGAUACAACGUCUGCUGGGCCAAGGAACCUUCGCACAAGUUUUUGGAUGUCUCCACGUACAAUCGGGUCGAAGUGUAGCAGUCAAAAUUGUUAAGAAUAAACCAGCCUACACACGACAAGCGACGGUCGAAAUUGAUGUGUUUCGGGCGCUACAAGAAGACAUGACCACUGAAGGGGCUCAAGGGAGUGAAUAUAUUCUGAGAUUGUUGUGUUUUUUCAUGUACCGGUCGCAUCUCUGCCUCGUUUUCGAAAUGCUUGGUUUGAACUUGUACGAAGUUCUGAAACGCAGACAGUUUCGGGGACUUCCACUUUCUCUUGUACAUCAAAUUGUCAAACAGUCUGUUGAGGGCAUAAAAGAGUUCUCGCGAAAGAAUAUUGUUCAUUGUGAUUUGAAGCCAGAGAAUGUAUUGCUGAUAUCCAAUGAGGUUGUCGAAUCGAUAAAACUGAUCGAUUUUGGUUCGGCAUGCUUUGAAGGGUAUCCUUCCCACACCUACAUUCAGUCUCGAUUCUAUCGAAGCCCAGAGGUACUCGUCGGUCUACCGUAUGAUUCAGCAAUAGAUAUGUGGUCGCUCGGAUGCGUGGCAGCCGAACUCUUUCUUGGCUUACCCAUUCUUCCGGGUGUUCACGAACAUGAUCAGCUAGGCAGAAUAGAAGAGAUGAUUUCUAGGGUUCCCGCUUGGAUGCUGGAGCAAGGAGCUAAGACAUCAAAGUUUUUCAUUAAGUCUCCAGCGAGCGGCUUUUCCAGCCUCCAUUUCAAAAGAAACUACAUUGCCUCUCUUUCUCGAGACGAUAUCCAAAAACAGGGAGGAAUAGAGAAGCUUGAGAAGAAACCCGGAAACAAAUAUUUCAAGCGGAAACGCCUUUCUGAUAUAUUGACACUGCACGGUCAGAACACUCAGAAGGAAGACCAAGACUUGUUACCAGCAUUCGUUCAUUUCUUAUACGGGCUCUUGGAUCCAGAUCCAUGGAAACGGACGACAGCCUUUCAAGCGUUGCAUCAUCCAUUCUUAACC